UGUCUCUGAUUUUACGGGACUGCACCUGCGGCCACUCAUUUUUCAGAACAUCCACAACAUGCAUGCCCACAACACACAACAUAAGUUCUCACAACAUUAGCGAUCGAUACCAUGGGCGGCAAACGACGGCGCAACACUGCCAACACCGGCGACAAGGCCCUGUACAAGAAGGCUGCCGAAGCUCGAAGUGCGUCUUCCACCAGUAACAAAAAGGAUGGCGCCGAUGAUGCUAUGUACAAUGCGGUGGAUCAAUUCCACAAUGACCGCGACCAAGACUUUAUCCAAUUGCGAAAUAAUAAUGGCGCUGUACCCGAGAGCGAUGUGGAUAGCGAUGAGGACCAAGAAGCCGUCAUGGAUUUGGGUGUGGGAGGAAGCAGCAGUGACGAAGAUGAAGACGAUGAUAGUGACAGUGAUGCAAGCAGUCGAAACCAAAAAGCUGCGAAACGACAACCUGCCGAAGAUAGUGCUUCUUCUUCGUCAGAUGAUGAUGAUGACGAAGAAAUAGAAGAUGUGCGAGAUUGGGGACGAAAGAAAUCAGCAUACUAUCAUGGCGAUACUGCCGACUUGGAGCUGGGCCAGGACGAAGAAGACGCCUUUCUAGAGGAAGAAGCUGCCAAAGAAGUACGAGCUGCCAGGUUGGAAGAAAUGCAAGAAGAGGAUUUCAUGUUGUCCGAUGAUGAUAAUAAUAAUAAUCAAGAAGAAGAUGAAGCCAAGAAAACCACAAAAGCCAAAACUUCCAGUAAACUAUCGUCCAUCCGAGACAUUACCAAACUCAGUGCCAAGGACAAGAAAAAGCUUAUCGAAAAACAACAUCCCGGUCUCUUGCAGAUUCUUUCACAUUUUUCAACGUCGGUUCAAGACCUCCAAUCGCGAACCAGCUUGGCUACCAAAGCACUCUUUGACGCUGACGAUGAUGGCACUGCACAGGCUAUUGGAUGCACCCAAAUGGGGAAAAAGUACAUCCUCACCAAAGCACUCUUGCAAGCAUCCACUGCGUUGAAUCUGGCCAUUUUCCUUCUUCUCAAAUCGGAAGAAGCAUCCGACGACAAUUUACAGGGGACUUCGUCGUCGUUGACACAGUUUCAUCCCGUCAUGAAGCGUUUGCAGGAAUGGAAUGUAUUGCAGCAAAAACUAAAAGGAAACGUGGAGGAUUCUGUAGAAGGGUUGGACGAGCAAUUGGAUAAUCUCAUCAAGGCGGCCAAGUUGAUGGAAACCAUGGGAGAAGAAGACGACGACGACGAGGAGGAAGCGGCAGACGCUGAUGAAAAAGACGACAAUGAAGAAAUGGAACCUGCCAAGACUGGAGACAACAAUGACAAAAUGGCGGCAGCGAGUGCAUCAUCGUCCGAUGACGACGAUGACGAGUCAUCUGUGGAUGAACAGGCCGUGGCACGGAAAGACUUGCACAAUGCCAGAUUUGGAUUGCGGCCCAAUGAGCUUGGACAGGAUCAAAAGAAAAACGCUAGCAACCGACGGCGCAGAGCGGCUCCAUCCGACUUGGGCGACGAAGACGACGAGAAGAAGGAUGCUUCGAGGUAUCUGGCAUCGGCCAUUAAUACCAUCGAACAGCGCGCCGCUACGAAAAAGAAAAAGGCUCGAAAGAUGGCUUCCUCUGAGGAACUCGUUCAUCACCGAGAAGCCGACGAUGAUCUUCGUCGUGGCUUGCAAAUGAUGGAAGAAGAAAUGGGCAAGGACUCGAACGAGGUGGGUGACUUGAAGGAUGACAACGACGACAUUCAAAAGGGUAAUGACGACGACGAGGACGGUGGAUUCUACGCUAAAAUGACAAAAAAGAGCAAAGCCAAGAAGGAGCACAAGAAGAACCUCUACGCCGUGGCUCCCAAGUUUCCACGGAUGGAAGCUGAGAUUGAAGGCGAACGCCCAAUUAGCCGCAUGAUCAUGAAGAACAGAGGUUUGGUGGCUCACAAGAACAAGCUGAACCGCAAUCCACGCGUCAAGAAACGCGAGCAAUACCGCAAGGCCCUCAUUCGGCGCAAGGGUACUGUGCGUGAAGUGCGGACCGAUGAAGGGCACAAAUAUGGUGGUGAAGGGACAGGAAUCAAGAGUCGCGUUAGUCGUAGUCGAAAGCUGGGCACAACCUAAUCUAGCUAGCGGCGUCAUUGGUG